UCCAUCUGCCUCGGCCUCCCAAAGUUCUGGGAUUACAGGCGUGAGCCACUGCACCCGGCCCAAUGCUCCUGGUUUUAACGGUUUGAAUGAACGGGGGACGUGAAUUCUUGAGAACAGUAACCACGGUGGUGCAUUUUUCCCCCUGCACAUAACGUACAGCACUCUACCGUUUUGCCAAGCACUUCAUGCUCCUAAAAUUUCUGUUGCAUUGUUGUUUGAAUGAAUGAAUAAAUGAGUCUUUUAAAAGUAAUUGUAGAAGUUGUAGCAUUAAGAAAUGAAGAGGGGGACUAGUAAAAAUGCAUUUUUAUAGAGAUGUUGGGAAAGGCUUGCUUGAAAUUACACGUGGGACUUUUACUAGACAGGCGCUUUGACCAGCUAAGCAACAGGGCUCCCCUCGUGUGGGGCUUUUAGAAUGUAGCAACCACUGACACACAGGGAAGGAUUAUGCCGUCAGGUGAGAAGGUGGCCGACCCUGACUGGCUGGAAGCAGACGCAUUCUGGUAGCUGAUUGGUCCACAGGUGGCGUGAAGCUUGUCACGUCCUCAGGCUCCCAGCAUUCAAUCGUAGCCUUUCAGACAGCUUGAAGCCUUCUGUGGAGAGCUCAAAGCCUUCUGUGGAGAACUCAAAGCUGUCCGUGGAGCCCCAGACGAGCCAAAGCCCACCUUCUCCUCGGCCUGAACUGUCUUGAAGAUGAGUAACAGUGGGUUUGGGAGCUAUGGCAGCAUUUCUGCUGCUGAUGGAGGGAGUGGAGGCAGUGACCAACUGUGUGAGAGAGAUGCAGCUCCUGCUAUUAAGACCCAAAGACCUAAGGUCCGAAUUCAGGACGUUGUACCGUGUAAUGUGAACCAGCUUCUCAGCUCUACUGUGUUUGACACUGUGUUCAAGGUUAGGGGAAUUAUAGUUUCCCAGGUCUCCAUCGUGGGGGUAAUCAGAGGGGCAGAGAAGGCUUCAAAUCACAUUUGUUACAAAAUUGAUGAUAUGACUGCGAAACCAAUCGAGGCCCGACAGUGGUUUGGUAGAGAAAAAGUCAAGCAAGUGACUCCACUGUCAGUCGGAGCAUAUGUCAAAGUGUUUGGUAUCCUCAAAUGUCCCACGGGAACAAAGACCCUUGAGGUAUUGAAAAUUCAUGUCCUAGAGGACAUGAACGAGUUCACUGUGCAUAUUCUGGAAACGGUCAAUGCACACAUGAUGCUGGAUAAAGCCCGUCGUGAUACCACUGUAGAAAGUGUGCCUGUGUUUCCAUCGGAAGUGGAUGAUGCUGGGGAUAACGAUGAGAGUCACCGCAGUUUCAUCCGGGACGAAGUGCUGCGUUUGAUUCAUGAGUGUCCUCAACAGGAAGGGAAGAGCAUCUAUGAGCUCCAGGCUCAGCUCUGCGACCUUAGCCUCAAGGCCAUCAAGGAAGCGAUUGAAUAUCUGACGGUCGAGGGCCACAUCUAUCCCACUGUGGAUCAGGAGCAUUUUAAGUCUGCUGAUUGAGGCAGGGAAAACAUCCUUUCCUUUUCCAAAGAUCCCUGCAUCCAUCUGAGAGUAAUUUUGACCUGAUGACUUUUUAGGAAGUAGGACUAAAAAAAAAAAAAUCUCAAGUGGCAUUCUUUGUCAACUCGCUGCUUUUCUAACUGCUUUGAACUCUUCAGAUUUUCUAUAUUUGAAGCUCAGAGAGAGAUGGUGAUGGAUAAAUUGACAACUCUGUAGGAUUUACUAGCAAGCUAAUGGAAACAUGAUGACUUGAGGGGAAGAAAAACUACAGAAAAUGUAGAAAUGUAUUAUUUAAUUGUGUUGGAGCUUCUUUUCCCAAAAAAAACCAAACAACAACAACAACAAAAAGUCUUGCUUGUUUUUAUGUUAGAGUUAUUUUCCAUGUUUGGAUUUAGCGUAUAAUGAUAUUAUCUCUUGUUCAAUAUAGUAUUUAGUACUUCAUUAAUUCAAAUGAGCUGAAGAUAUUAAUUUGUGAAUUCUAAUGCUCAGUUCAAACAUUUAUGUGUGAUUUGCUCUCAUUACUAUGAAUUUAUGUUUUCUUAAAAUAAGAUUAUACUAUGUUUAAAUAAAUCAUUUUUGCCAGGUUAUCUUUGAAUUUUUUUUUUUAAUGUGGUGAAGUUUAAUGAUUAUUUCAUACAUGACGUGGUAUUUGGAUGAAAUUACAAUUUAUUGCACUUGCAUGGUAAAUGGAUGCCAGAGUUUCUGUAAGUUUGAUGUGCUGGUGUAUUAUUUAUUUUACUAAAUGCUCUGUUUUAUGUAUAACAAGGUAAUUUUUAGGAGGUUAGGGAAGCAAGUCAUGGGAAUAUGAAACUUCCUGAGUUUAACACAAAUUUAUUCAAAUGUUUUAUUAAAAUAGUUUUAUAAAAUCUUAACUUUCCUGUGUGAUUUUUUUUCUAAGUACAUUUGAAAAAGCAUUUUUGUUUUAUAUCCUUAAGGAUUAAUAGUUUUAAUUAUCCAGAUUUUUUUCUUUUCUAUAUAUAAUACCAAGAACAUAUGCUAUAGCCUAGUUCUAACAAUACAUUUUAGUGUAGAUUAUAUAAAUUAUGUGAGACUUUUAAAUAAUUGACCAUUAACGAAAGCCCUCACUUACCUAUGCACUAAAGAUGGUAUCUUUCAAGGUGUUAAAUAUUUUACA